CUCUACAACAAGCCCGGAGUACUUUUUUUUUCCCAGCCAAGCAUCCAAUUGCCAAUCACAUACAUGUUAUGGUCUUCAUUUCUACGAAACUAUUGAAAAAAAGAAAAAUCCGAAACCAUGCAGUGUUAAAUGUUUGCGACUCAAACGCGUCGACACUCGCGAGCAACUGGAGACGCACGCGCUCCUGCGUCUGUGCGCGAGAGGCAAAAGGGCGUCCAUUAAAAAAUAAAAAUAAAUAAAUCCGCGCUCCCUUUUCUUUGCUUUUGAAGAAUUAAAUAAAGAAAUCAAGCUGGCUCACGCUGUCUCGAACCCGACCACUUUGACAGCUGCUCUUCACCCCCUUUGGAGGACUGUCAACAGCAAAAGGAUGGCAUCAGAACUGGCAAUGAGCAGCUCCGACCUGCCCACCAGUCCCCUGGCCAUGGAAUAUGUUAAUGACUUCGAUCUGAUGAAGUUUGAAGUGAAAAAGGAGCCGGUGGAGCCCGAUCGCAGCAUCAGCCAGUGCAGCCGCUUGAUCGCCGGGGGAUCCUUGUCUUCCACCCCGAUGAGCACGCCUUGCAGCUCGGUUCCCCCUUCCCCAAGCUUCUCGGCGCCCAGUCCGGGCUCCGGGAGCGAGCAGAAGGCGCACCUGGAGGAUUUUUACUGGAUGACCGGCUACCAACAGCAGCUCAACCCGGAGGCUUUGGGAUUCAGUCCCGAGGACGCGGUGGAGGCGCUCAUCAACAGCACGCACCAGCUCCAGAGCUUCGAUGGCUAUGCUAGAGGGCAGCAGUUUACCAGCGGAGCCGGGACGGGAGGCGCCAUGCCCGGAGAGGAGAUGGGAUCCGCCGCCGCGGUGGUCUCCGCAGUCAUCGCCGCCGCCGCAGCGCAGAACGGGGCGCCGCACCACCACCUCCACCAUCACCACCACCACCACCCCGCCGGGCACCACCCGACGCCCGGGGUGCAGUCCAACGGCAACUCCGCCAACCACCAACACAUGCACCUGGACGACCGCUUCUCGGACGAGCAGUUGGUGACCAUGUCGGUGCGCGAGCUCAACCGGCAGCUCCGGGGGGUCAGCAAAGAGGAGGUGAUCCGACUCAAACAGAAGAGGAGAACCCUCAAAAACAGAGGCUAUGCCCAGUCGUGUCGCUACAAGCGGGUCCAGCAGAGGCACGUCCUGGAGGGCGAGAAGAGCCAGCUCAUGCAGCAGGUGGACCACCUCAAGCAGGAGAUCUCCAGACUGGUGCGCGAGAGAGACGCGUACAAAGAAAAAUACGAGAAGCUCAUCAGCAGCGGCUUCCGAGAAAACGGAUCGAGCAGCGACAACAACCCGUCGUCCCCGGAGUUUUUCAUGACAUCGCGAAAAUUUCUACACCUGUGAUAAGAUCUCUUACCCCUGCCCUUCGCCCCUGCAGUCUGAGACAGUGCAACACUGGAAUGCUUCUGGCUUAGGGUGACCCACGGCUCCAAGACUGCCACAAAGCACAACCUCUCCAAAAUCAACCCCUGAUGAAGAAGACUGUGAGGAGAAGGAAGAAGAUGGAGGAGUCAGAGAAAUAAGAAGCCCUUUAUCAACCUGCGUGCCAUUCCUCAGCCUUACCCAAAAUCCCCAAUUACUGACUACACUCUGAUUUACAGAUGUCACAACAACAAUGAAAAAUUAGCAAAGCCUUGAAACAUCCCUGCAUGUCUGACAAAGCAAAAUGGACAAUAACAGGAACACAAAAAGGAAUAACCACCAGAUAUUUCAAGAAUUCAAAGACUUUCCCGUUUUCUGCCAUUGUCGGCCCUCCGGUUCUCAUAUCAGAUGCGGUUUUAUUGUUCUUCAUAUUAGCCUAGCGUUUUGUAGAAGAUCAGAGGCUCUAGCCAGACGGGGUUUCAAACAACAACAGCAUUCAAAUUCUUCCAGAAUAGCAUCUUGUGUAUAUAUUGUGUACAUGAUAUCAAUUCAAGCUUAUUCUUCGAAAUGUGAAAAUACCAUGUUUGUAAAUAGUUCACAAAUUUUACAUUUCCUGCAUUAUGUCUCUGUAGAUUACACCCCUUAAAACAUUUACUCAUCAUUUGUAUUUGUACAGGCAUAUGGGUUGAUAUUGAUCUUCAAACAGAUGAGUAUUUGGAUGUGGUAAACCUCCACUUGUAAAGGUUAACUUAAUUGAAAUCAUAAUAGUAAACAUAGUGCCCCCUUUAUAGACAACUCAAACAUUAGUGCUUGUUAAUGAGACAUUUAUAGAGUGAUCUAGACCUAGAUAAAACCAUAACCCAGUGAUUACGCCUUUGAGAGAAACACAAUUGAAUUGAGUCUCUCGCUGUCUCUCCACAUCUCCUUAUCUGCUGUAGAACUCCCAGCCCAGAUUCCCAGAUAACUUCCACCUUUAAUUGCCAACGUCCUUGUACAGUUUAGAAUUGCAUCUUCUCAUCUUUUAUUUUUUUUGUCCCUUUAAACAAUUGUUAUUCCAUGCCUGCAUCCUCUACGUAGUGGUGAUGCUCAUUUAGGCGACCUUACGGAGG